CACCUUUGGGUACUCUGAGCGCCCCCCGACCCGCGGACCACCAAGGAUGUGACCCUCUGGCGAUGCCCGGCUGCGCCACGCUCGCCGCCAGGCCGGCGGCACAGGAUGGAGCCCUUCCUGCCCUCCCCGUGGGGCUGGAACGGCUCUAGAGGGGGGGCCCGGCCCCCCAACAGCACGGCCGAGGCCAAGCCCAAGGACACGGCCUCCAAGUCUGUGGGAUUGUUCUUCAUGGUGCUGCUGGACCUCACGGCCAUCGUGGGCAACGCCGCCGUCAUGACGGUCAUCGCCAAGACGCCGGCGCUGCGCAAGUUCGUCUUCGUGUUCCACCUGUGCCUGGUGGAUUUCCUGGCCGCCCUCACGCUGAUGCCGCUGGAGAUGCUGUCGGGCUCGGCCGUGUUCGAGAGCCCGGGGCUGGGCGAGGCCGUGUGCCGCGUGUACCUGUUCCUCAGCGUGUGCCUCACCUCCAUGUGCAUCCUGUCCAUCUCCACCGUCAACGUGGAGCGCUACUACUACGUGGUGCACCCGCUGCGCUACGAGGUGCGCAUGACCGCGGGACUGGUGGCCGGCGUGCUGGCCGGCGUGUGGCUCAAGGCCGUGGCCACCUCGCUGGUGCCCGUGCUGGGCUGGCUGUCCCCCGACCGCCCACCGGCGCCCGGCGCUCACGGCUGCUCCUUGCAGUGGAGCCGGGGGCCGUCCUGCAAGGUCUUCGUGGUCUUCUUCGCCGCCUUCUACUUCGUCCUGCCGCUCCUCAUCAUCGUCGUGGUCUACUGCGGCAUGUUCAAGGUGGCACGGGUGGCAGCCAUGCACCACGGCCCGCCGCCCACCUGGAUGGAGACGCCGCGCCGGCGCUCGGCGUCGCUUAGCAGCCGCUCCACCAUGGUCACCACCUCGGGGGCUCCUCGGACCACCCCACAGAGGAUGUUUGGCGGGGGCAAGGCGGCCGCCGUGCUGCUGGCCGUGGGCGGCCAGUUCCUCUUCUGCUGGUUGCCCUACUUCUCCUUCCAGCUGUACACGGCGCUGAGCACUCGGCCCUUGGCCGGGCCGGCUGCUGAGACUGUGGUCACCUGGCUGGGGUUCUGCUGCUUCACCUCCAACCCCUUCUUCUACGGCUGCCUCAACCGGCAGAUCCGCGGGGAGCUCGGCCGGCUGCUCACCUGCUUCUUCAAGCAGCCCCCGGAGGAGGACCUGCGGCUGCCGAGCCGCGAGGGCUCCAUCGAGGAGAACUUCCUACAGUUCCUCCAGAGCACCGGGCGCCCACCAGAGCCCCCCAACCCCGAGCGGGACCUUCCUCCUGUGGAUUUCCGCAUCCCGGGGCAGAUCGAGGAGGAGGCGGCCGAGGCGAUGGAGUGGGGUGGGGGCAGCGGGGUGUUCGUGCCCGUGGCGGGCUCUGCCAAGGCGGGGCUGUAG